CGGACUCGACCCGGUGCGGUUCCGUCCUGAAGGGGGCGGGACUUUCAGCCAUCAGGUCCGGCAGUCUGGAUCCUGGCACCGGACUGGAGACUGGGGUUGUUUACAGGUGAGUUCUGUGUUGACUCGGACCGGGUCCAGUCUGCGGUGCCGAGCUGCGAUGACGCUGGUAGACGAGCGGAUCUGGUCCCUGUUCAGGAACCGGUCCCAGCAGACCCUGACCUACUGGAGCGCUUUCUUCAGCUUCGGUCUGUGCCUCGCCUUCCUGGGUCCCACCAUCCUGGACCUGCGCUGCCAGACCCAGUCCACCCUGCAGCAGAUCACCUGGGUCUUCUUCUCUCAGCAGUUCUUUCUCCUGGUGGGCAGCUGCCUGGGAGGACUCUUCAGGAAGACCCUCAUGUGCUCCCUGUUAGCCCUGUUCUCCUCCACCCUCAUCAUCUCACUUGUGUUUGCCAUCAUACCUCUGUGUCACCACGUGGUGCUGUUGUCCGUGGCCAUGGGACUGGCUGGCAAAGCCAUGGGAGUGAUAGACACCAUCAGCAACCUGCAAUUGGUGAAGCUGUACCAGAAGGACUCGGCCAUCUUCCUACAGGCGUUGCACUUCUUCACUGGCCUGGGGGCAUUGGUCAGUCCUCUGGUGGCAGAUCCAUUCCUGGCAGAUGACAACUGUGUUUUAGGAGCCAACUGGACCACCAACUCUUCCUACUCAGACUUAGAACACCUUCGUAAUAGCCUGGGAGGGCAUGGAGCUGUGCUGCGCAAUACUUCCCAAUAUCCUCUGUACACUGAGGGUAUUGUCAUCACCAGGGUCUCAUACGCUUUCUGGAUCAUGGCUAUUAUCAAU